UAUUAUUAUGGUUUCCUUAUAACGGUCGAAUUCACAUAUCAAACAGUGCUUGCUAGAGCUAUUUGCUAUGCUAGCAAACACAAACACCAACACCAACACCAUGUUUUCUCCACCUACGACUACGAGGUUUCUACAACUCAACUCUCCAUUCUCCUCCUUCUUACUACCUUCAAACCAAAGGGUUCUCUAUCAUGGCCACAGCGGUCGCCGCCUUGGUCGGCUUCAGACAUGUAGACAUUCCAUGUUUCUCAAUACAAAACCUGUCCUUAAAGAUGGUACUCUUAAUAUCAAAGGUAAGGAAGCAUUGACGGGUGUGCCUGACAAUGUGGUUAUCACGCCAUUGACGGAUUCAUCAGCAUUUGUUGGUGCCACUUCCACUGGUGAUGCUAGUUCCCGACUUGUUUUCAAGCUUGGAGUCAUCGAGGAUGUGAGGUUAUUGUGUAUAUUUAGAUUUAAAAUAUGGUGGAUGAUACCUCGAGUGGGGAAUUCAGGCAGUGACAUUCCUAUUGAAACUCAGAUGUUGCUCCUGGAAGCAAGGGAAGGACCAGAAAUUGAUGCAAAAAAUAAAGCAACUUCUUAUAUCAUUUUCUUGCCUGUGCUAGAUGGUGAAUUUAGAAGUAGCUUGCAGGGGAAUUCAUUAAAUGAGCUCCAGUUCUGUGUUGAAAGUGGUGACCCGGAAAUAGUUACAUCAGAAUCCCUAAAAGCAGUUUUUGUGAAUUAUGGAAACCAUCCAUUUGAUUUGGUCAAGGAAUCUAUGAAGAUUUUGGAGCAGCAGUUUGGAACCUUUUCACUUAGGGAAACCAAACAGUUGCCUGGAAUGUUAGACUGGUUUGGUUGGUGUACCUGGGACGCCUUCUACCAGGAAGUUCAUCCUCGAGGAAUCAAAGAUGGCCUUAAAAGUUUAUCCCAGGGAGGCACUCCAGCAAAGUUUUUGAUAAUAGAUGAUGGCUGGCAAGAUACAAUUAAUGAAUUCCAAAAAGAAGGGGAGCCAUUUGUUGAAGGGUCACAGCAUGGUGGCAGAUUACUCAGCAUUGAAGAAAAUAAUAAGUUUCGGAGAUCAGAAAAUGAGCCUCAAAGUGAGGCACAGGCACCAAGUGGUCUAAAGGAUUUUGUUACAGAUAUUAAGAGAACUUUUGGCCUUAAGUAUGUAUAUGUAUGGCAUGCCCUGAUGGGAUACUGGGGAGGGCUUCAGCCAAAUGCAUUAGGAACCAAAAAGUAUAAUCCAAAAUUAAGAUACCCAGUACAGUCGCCAGGGAAUUUGGCAAACAUGAGGGAUGGAUCUAUGGAUGCAAUGGAGAAGUAUGGCGUUGGUACAAUAGAUCCUGCUAAGAUAUCUCAGUUUUAUGAUGAUCUACACAAAUAUCUUGUUUCACAGGAUGUGGAUGGAGUUAAGGUUGAUGUUCAGAACAUACUGGAAACUGUUUCAAGUGGUUUAGGAGGUCGAGUUUCUCUUACCAGACGUUUCCAACAAGCACUUGAGAAGUCUAUAGCCGCCAACUUUCAAGACAACAGCAUUAUCUGCUGCAUGGGUCAGAGCACAGACUCCAUUUACCAUUCAAAAAGAAGUGCUAUUACAAGAGCAUCCGAUGAUUACUACCCAAGCAACCCAACCACUCAGACACUACACAUAGCUUCUGUGGCUUUCAACAGCAUUUUUCUUGGUGAAAUUGUUGUCCCAGAUUGGGACAUGUUCUAUAGCAAACACGAUGCAGCCGAGUUUCAUGCAGUUGCUAGGGCUGUGGGAGGUUGCGGAGUCUAUGUUAGUGACAAACCUGGUCAGCAUGAUUUCAAGGUACUCAAAAGGCUGGUACUUCCUAAUGGGUCGGUGCUCAGAGCUAAAUACCCCGGUAGGCCAACACGUGAUUGUUUAUUCGAUGACCCAGUUAUGGACGGGAAAAGUCUUCUGAAGAUUUGGAAUUUAAACAAAUGCACUGGAGUUUUAGGCGUAUUCAACUGCCAAGGAGCAGGAAUCUGGCCCUGCUCAAAAAGUAAUGCUCAAGGAGAUCUUAGCUCUGAGUUAUCUGUCAAGGUCUCUCCUACAGAUAUAGAGUAUUUUGAAGAGGUCUCUGGGAAUCUUUGGACUGGAGAUUGUGCAGUAUUUUCCUCCAGCACAGGGUCUUUGCUGCGAUUACCAAAGGAAGAAAAGUUUGAUGUCACAUUGAAAGUUCUGCAAUGUGAUGUCUUUACUGUAUCUCCAAUUAAGGUCUACAAUAAAAAGAUUCAGUUUGCACCAGUUGGAUUGAUAAAUAUGUACAAUUCUGGUGGAGCCAUUGAAGCAAUUGACUUCUUUAGUGAUUCUUCUAGUUGUGAAAUACAUGUCAAGGGGAGAGGAUCAGGUAAUUUUGGAGCAUAUUCCAGCACAAAGCCGAAGUCAUGCUCGAUAAACUCAAAGAUUGAGGACUUCGACUUCAGAGAUGAAGACAAUCUUUUGACAUUAAUAGUUCCUGACAGAACCAGUUCUUGGGACAUUGCUAUAUGUUAUUGAGGCCUUAUUUUUUUAUGCAAUCUCUCACUUCAGUAUUAUUACUAUUCUAAAAAUUUAUAAUAAACAAAAGAGAGAAAUAGUCAAUAAACGAAAAUGUAAUUCUUGAACUAAAUGUUUUCUUCUGCAACAUUUGAGAAAAUGGUGACAGAUUUUUGUUUGAGUUGAAGAACAUUUAAAAAAGAAUUAUUAGAAAA